AUGACAAGCCCACUCAAAUUUUUCCUUCGAAAAGUGCAAGUAAUAAACGUCAAACUACUUGCAUGCAGGGCUGGUGUAGGUAAACAGAAAUUGGUAGCUAAUGUUAAAUGCCAUAAAAGUUAUUUGACUGGUAUUCCCGUCUGUUUAGCAUCAUCGGAACUUCCUCCCUUUCUUCAAGAUCCUAAGAUUGCUACCCUCACCCUUCGUGUCACGAAGAAGAACAUGCCAGCACUCAUAAUUCAAUGGAACGACGGGGGCUUUAACGAUGUUCCGACCGUCCCCUUCUGCCGAAACGGAGUUCCGGGACAAACAAAAUUAGCCCUCAUUGCGAUCUUAGUGGCGAAUGGGGCGGUGAACCACAGUAAUACAGUAUUCACAUUUCCAAAUGGUCAAGCAUUGAGCACAUGCGAACAAGCAAUUCCUGCAUGGGCUCGCCACCAGGCUGGCGUCCCGGACGUCGCUUUUUCAGUGCAAAGACUUACCACGUAUACUCUGAAAGACCAAAUUGAUAUUGAAGCGUGCCCUUUUAUAUUUAAUCAAAACAGAUAG